AUGGCACUCACGCAACGACCCGGCAAUGCCGUCGCCACGAACAUCGCACCGAGCCAGUCCCUCUACAUCCAAAAUCUCAACGAGAAACUCCAGAAGUCCGACCUCAAGCGCAACCUCUACAUGCUCUUCACAGCGUAUGGCCCGGUGUUGGAUGUCACAGCGCUCAAGACCAGCAAAAUGAGAGGACAAGCACACGUUUUGUUCCGCGACCAGCAGAGCGCAACACAGGCGAUGCGACAUUGCCAAGGAUUUGAGUUCUUUGGCCGGGAAAUGAAAAUCUCCUACGCCAAAAACCGAAGUAACACCCUCGCGAAACUCACAGGCACAUUCGUCGAUCCAUCCGAGGCCACAGCCGCAGCAGCAGCAGCCGCGAAAGAGGCACCGAGCUCGUUUCCUGCACCACCUGGAGCGUCUACUGGCUUGCCUCCACCUCCUGGACUACCGCAGAAACCGAAUGGAUUGCAGCCACCUGCUGGUGGUGCCGAGAGCGCGACGAGUCCUGCUACGAGCGCUGGGACAAAGAGGCCGAGAGAUGAGAGUGAUGAUGAGGGAGGAGAUGCGCCGAUGGAGGAAGAUAGUGGGGGGGAGAUGGAGAUGAGUGAUGAUGAGUAA